AUGAAUGACCGUUAUUUAUUGCGAGCCGAGCAACGAUGUAUUGCAUGGAUAAAUUUAUUGAAUCAUAAAAGUUUUCCUAAAGAAGAAAUGCCCAUUCCGCCACUUGAUGCUUGCUUAAUAUGUCAUGCUCAUUAUCUUUCGCCAUUACGUUAUUACGAAGAUAUGCUACGUCUUCAUGAUCCUCAGGCACACAAUUAUAAUUUCCCGUUAGCCAAAUUGGCAAGGCAUCUUGAAGAAUAUUCACAACAGAUUUGGCAUGAAUACACAAAGAAACCUUGGGAAUUACCAUAUCCUUAUCUACGGUCUAUGCGAAUAAAUACAGAAGUCAAAAGCAUACAGAUAGCCGAAAGCAGUCGUAAAAAUGAAAGACUUAAACGUCAGCGAGACUUUACAAAUAAAAUGGAUUACAUGGGAUCUCUAUUUGUUCCGACCCUCGAUAUUGAUCUUGCAUGGCAUACGCACAUACUUCAUCCGCUGCUCUAUCGAAAUUUUACUAUUAAACAUAUGGGACGAGUGAUCAAUCAUGAUGAUACAUUGGCAGAGAAAACGUUGACGGACGGGUUUACGAAAACGAGUCAGGCUUGGUACAAAAAAUAUCGAGAAUCUUAUAGAACGCUGCUAUCACUUAUACUUGUAGCGGAGUUGGAUGUGGGAGUCUCGGAGCUUUUGAUAACAAUUGUGGCGGUGGAUGUGGAGGAAAGUGAGACAAAUUUGUAUCUUUGA